GGCUGUUAUUAUCACAAUCAUUACAUUAUAUUCUUCUCAUAAAAGCAACUUAAUAUAAUAACCCAAAUCAUGUUUCGGAGAGUACUAUAUAUAUAUAUAUAUAUGGUCGGACAACCGGCCUCUUUCUUGUUAAUUAUUGACUUAGUUGUGUCGAUCUCAUCACUAUAUUAUUCCUAAUUAGUUACGUUCAUUAUCAACCUAGCUAAGACGACUAACAAGAUGUGGUCGCGAUUUAUUAGGGGAGGAACCAACAAAACAAGUAAAACCCACAACGUGGACGAGGAGUACAAUGACCUCUCCACCAAAGCUCAGCGACACUCAGACUUCCUGACACCAUGUCAAGAAACCAUCUCAACUGUUCUCGAUUCCUUAACCACUCCAAAGAAGAAAGACAACCUCAAACCCAUCCUCUCUGCUUACUUCGACGUCAGUGCAGAAGCCGCCAUCCUAUGCACCCGCCUCCUCAACCGCAUCCACCGCGUCCAAUCCGACCACAAACGCAUCCAAGCACUCCUCGACGACGACGGGCUCCUGAGCUCUGGUUCUGUGGGACCAGAGCUCCACUCCCUAAGCACUCUCCUCGCUGAGGACCCGUUCUCAGACACCCAUAACUUGAUCAUGGGUGAGCAUUUUUCUUCGUCCGUGUUAUUACUGGAACAAGGCUUGUUACGGUCCAGGAAUAAGAGGAAAGUGGAGUUGGCGGCGAAGGGGACGUAUAUUGUGAGGAGGGAUUUGGAGACGAUGAGCCGGUCGGUGCGGCGGAUACAGGAUGAGAUCGAGCAUAACAGGGAGAUGGUAAGGCUGUGUUUGGAUAGGAGGGAAGAUAGUUUGUCUCUUGGAGUUGUGCUGAAGGAAAUGAAGAAUAAGAGUUGUGGGUUUGGGCUACAAGUGGAGGAGCUUCAACAACAUGUGUGCUUGUUCCUUGUCACCAUUAAUCGGGUGAGGACUUUGGUAAUCAAUGAGAUUGUAGAAUCAAGAUUGUAGUUUAAUUUGUAAACUACAUACUCUAUAUAUUAUAUUAUUAGUUCUUGUUAGGGUACAAAACUUUAUUUGGGCUAACAAUUUCAAGCUUGAAUUUUUUGUAAAAUUCGUCUAUUGACAUGUUAUCAGAUUAAA